UCUCUCUCUCUUGCCUGUCUGCCUGACUCAGAAGUGAGAACUUACUGGGCAGCUGUGUCAGAGUACUGGGGGCUUCCAAGAUACCUCACCUUAUUAUCUGCCCUGUGGUUUCUGGGGGUGCACUGUAAAGAUGUCCUGGAGACGGGUCAUCCUCCUGUCAUCUCUCUCAGCCCUGGUGCUCCUGUGUAUGCUACAGGAGGGGACCAGCGCUUCUGUGGGGAGCAGACAGGCAGCUGCAGAGGGGGUGCCGGAAGGUGUGAAACAGAAGAUUUUCAUGCAAGAAUCUGAUGCCUCUAAUUUCCUCAAGAGGCGUGGCAAGCGGUCCCCUAAGUCCCGAGAUGAAGUCAACGCGGAAAACAGACAGAAGCUGCGGGAUGAUGAGCUGCGGAGGGAGUAUUACGAGGAGCAAAGGAACGAGUUUGAGAACUUCGUGGAGGAACAGAGAGAUGAGCAGGAAGAGAGGACCAGGGAGGCAGUGGAGCAGUGGCGUCAGUGGCAUUAUGAUGGCCUGUAUCCUUCCUACCUCUACAACCGCCAAAACAUCUGACCUCAUCCCAAAGCAACUGGGGAAGAGAAGCAUGCGGCAUGCCUCCCACCUCUCCACAGACGGACCCACAAGGUGAAACUCCCUCACUGCCUGGUCAACAGCUCCAGGAGACACACCCUCCCUUUCUUCUGAUGCCUGGCUUUUGCUUCUUUAUGGAUGUUUGCUUUGUUUUGUUUUUGAGUGAGCAACCAUUUGUGGUUCUUCCCAGCAUCAAAUCUACACCUGCCCCCUUGCUUAGCCACCAGAAAUGGAAUCAGAAUGCCCAUCUGAUAGACACUUUCAGGAUCGAAGUGUAAAGAUUUUAAGCUUGCUUAUGGCCUAUUAAUAAAAGUGCUGAAUCAAC